AUCGAUCGUUUAUUCGAUUUAGGCUCGAUUCUUAGAAAUUGGGAGAGGUUUAUCCUUAAUCUAAUUAUCCAAUCAUGUUAUGUAAAUCUAGGUACAUAAUAAUUGGUAUUAGAUUCAUUCUAUCCAUGGAGGUGUUUGAUGAAACUACACAAUUUCAACAGAUCUCUGAAAUUUAAAAUAAAAAUCAGUUAAAAUUGGUAAAAUUACAUAAGAAAGUUGAUAAUAUUUCACUUCAAGUGAGCAAGCCAACUACAAAGGAGGAUCUCAAGGAUUUUGCAAGUAGUUUCGAUCAUAUAAUCCAAGCUAGUGGUUUCGAUCGUAUAUUCUAAGCUCAGUUGGAGAAAUUUUUUGGCAAACAUACCUACAAUCAUGACGAUCCAGAAGGAUCUUCAAGAAUUACUUCGAACUCAAAUACUAGUGGUGGAUUAUCAUCUGAUGAAGAAGAUUAUCCUAAACCAAAUGGAGUUUGCGACUGAAUGACUGAAACUGUUGCUCAACCUUCUGAAUCUCAAGAUUUCUGUGUUGAUACAUCUGAAGAAGCAAAAUCAACUCUCACUUCAGUUCCAUUAGGUUUUGUUUCUACAGUUCUCCAUCAGGUUGAAUCUCAGAGCAUUCGAUCGAUUUCUACCGACAAUGAUAAGGACAAGGAGGAUUCAUUUGAUAGUGUAAAUUCUCAAGUUGAUGAAGCUGUAAAGACCGCUACAAAUGCUUUCGUCAAGAUCAGUCAGGUUAAAAUUGACAGGGUUAAUUGUGAGGAACUUGAAUGCUCGAAGGAAUUGGUCUUUAAUCACAAUAACCUAAUUGCUGGUACUAUGAUGGAGUUAUUUGGUUAACUACAUCAUAGUAGAUGGAGUUUCCGUAAUCCUCUACUCUUGCAGAUGGGAAAUGGUUUACGAAAUUCGCUAAAUUUCUGUGAGGUGGCAAGACAAUAUGAUGGUGAAUCAAAGAUUCUCUCAACGAGGCUUAACUGUCAGCUUGUUUUUCUUUCUCUUCGUGCUAGCAAGAUGUGUGAUGUGCCCCAGAUUAUUUUGCAAGAGCUUCUAAAUUUUUCGGUGCUCCUAUUCUUAGUUCACACAGUUUUUAGAACUCGCCUAUCUCUUCCACAAAUUGAUCCUUUUCAGCACUCCAAAUUACUUAUUUCUGAAGUAUUUUGGAGGUUUAUGAUCCAAGAGAGGGUUAUACUGACAGCAGCACACUUCAAUUGGAGUUCUCUGCGCAGUGAGUUCAGCAUUUUAGGAAGGGGAUUAUCUGCGCAUUAUAUAUUACAUGAGCCUGAUGUCUAUAGUAAUUAUCUGAUGCCAGUGGGGUAUUAUAAUGGGAACUCCGACCUUAGUGGUGGUAUGUCUUUUGCUGUUUGAUAGAGGUAAAAAGCUUGAUAACGUGGUAAUGACAUUUGCAACGACUAGUGAUGUUAUACUCAAUUAUGUGCUAGCUGGGAAUUCUACUGAGGUUCGAAUUUUACAGGGAUUUACACCACGACACUUUCUCACUGAAGUUUAUGUUGUCUCUUUUGUCAUUAUCUUCAUAUAUGAGGUGCACACCCAUCCUGCAGUUCGAGGCCAGAUAGAACAGCUGCGUCAACCCAUACGCAAUAGUGAUCCUGGUGGUUCUAUUAGUGCAUACACAACAGUGAGCUUUGACGACAUGGGGCCAAUCCAUUUUAACACACUAAGUACUCAUGAGUUUUAUUCUCUUGUCUGUCUGGAGGUGGUAACCUAUCUGCCAGCGAUCCAUGUAGUCUGCAGGGAGGAGGACGGUUGUUUGCUGGGCAUGCAAAUGAAGUACUUAAAAGUCUUGCCAGAACAUUUACUAGCAGUGGGAUAAUAUCAUAUAAAAGUCUUCCCAGGGUAUUUACUCACAAUGGGUUAAUGUCAUGUAUCCGUCAUGGUAAGGGAGUGCUGCUCAUUAGAAUGAUCAUGCAAUCCUUCAUCCUUGAGGACAAUGAUGUUUUCAAGGGGAGCGGAUUUUCAUGUACCCGUCAUGGUAAGGGAGUGCCCAUGUCCUAUAUAUGUCUGUCUUUAUUAAUAAUAAUGUUAUUUAGUAUAGUUAGGGAUGGUAAUUAAUAGUAUGUUGUACUAGUCGAUUGAGAUGUAACCACCUGGUGAAUUAAUAUCCCUUGGAUGGUAAGGGAAGAAAUGCCUAUCUUUAUAAGGCAGAGUCUGUAAUGAAAAAUGCAGUCCAAGUUUAAUCAAAAAUCAAUUGUUUAUUCGA